AUGUCACAAGAUAGUGCAAAUAUUUCCAUUGAGAAUGACACUGUAUCAAGUAUAAAAUUUGGCUCUUUUUAUGAUCUUGAAUAUUGGUAUUUAUCCAAAAGAGAUAUAAUUGACGCCUUCAGAAUACCUAGAGAAUCUCUUGAAGAUUACCAACGUUUCAAAGAGCCUGAAAAGAACAAUAGUGAUGAAUAUGAUCCAAAAGUCUUAGUUUGUCAUGAUUAUAAAGGUAAUUACCAAGAUGAAGAAGAUCAAAAUCCUUUGGGAUAUUUCCCACAUUCUUCUGGUCAACAUUAUUACAUUCAAUAUCCAUCUUUAGUUGAUAUUUUUGUUUAUUUCUCACAUAAUAGAGUUUCUGUACCGCCUGUAUCAUGGAUAAACUCUUUACAUAAGCAAGGAAUUCAAGUAUUAGGUACAAUAAUUGUUGAAGGAAUGGAUUUUGCUGAAUCGGAUAGAUUAUUGAGUAAAGAUGAGAAUGGUAAUUUUAAAUUUGUUGAAAUAUUAGCUCAGAUUGCUCGUUAUUAUAAAUUUGAUGGAUGGUUUUUAAAUAUUGAAUCUAGGCUCACGAGUUUUGGUAAAUCAUUUGAAGUUCCUGCAUUCGAAGAAGCGUUAAAGACUAGAUUGCAUCAAUUGGUUAGUGAUUCAAAGCUUAUAUGGUAUGAUUCUCUGGUAACAGAGAAGAAUAGAGUAUUUUACCAAAAUAGUGUUAAUGAAUGGAACUAUGAUCAUUUCAAUGCUUCUGAUUUAUUCUUCACAAAUUAUUGGUGGACACAAGAGAAGCUUAGUGAAAAUAUCAAAAAUAUAGGUUUAUUGGGAGCUGAAAAGAAACUUUUUGUUGGUAUUGAUAUAUGGGGUAGAGGCUCAAAAGUUGGUGGUGGUGGUUUUGAAAGUUCAAUUGCAAUCAAUGCAUUGAAAAAGUCUCAAAGUAAUGUUGCUUUAUUUGCACCUGCUUGGACCUAUGAGAAUUUUGAUAAAGAAGACUUUUAUCAUAAUGAUAAGAAAUUUUGGCUUGGUAAUGAUUCCAGUGAUUUUACUGGUGGAUCGGUAUCUACUUAUGUCAAGCAUUAUACUGCCCCAGUUUAUACUAAAAAUGGAAAUGCCAUUUUUUAUACCAAUUUUAGUACUGGAGAAGGGUCAAAGUUUAGAGUGUUUGCACAAACAGUAUUUAAUAACAACUGGGUUAACGGUAACAUACAGUCUGCUGUUCCAGUUAUUGAAAAUUCAAAUCGUUUUAAAUUGUAUUACAAAGAUACAUUUAAUGGUGGCUCCAGUUUAAAAUUGACACAUAGGAACUCAAUAUUGAAUGAUUAUAGCUCUGACAUAUUUACAUUAUUUCAUUUCAGAAAUGAUAUAGACUCCAAUAAUUUAAAUGUUUCUGUGAGCUUCAAACAUUUGAAAGAAGUCCCACAGAAUUCACGUUUCCAAAUAGACAUUAAGUACUACAUCGAAAGAAGAUAUAGAAGUGUCACAAGAUCAAGAGAAGGGUUUUUCAGAUUACCUUUGACGUACACAAACCAGAAUUGGAAAUAUAUUGAGACAGGAUUUGCAUUACCAAGAUUACAAGCUAGAGAACACUUUGUUUUGGAGUCUGUCCAAGCUCGUUGGGUUGACAGUACAGAUGACGCAAAUUCUGAAAUUGAUUUUGAAGGUGAUGAGUCCAGUAGAUCAUGGGUAAUGAUACCUCAAAGUUCAGACCCUAAUAUUUUCCAUGAAUUACUCAUUGGUGAUAUCCUUAUAGAAGGUAUAAAGCAUGAAGUGAAGGUAGAAAGUAUCAUAAGCGUUAAGAAAAUUGAUCUUGGUGAAAAGAAAGUAUUAGUUGAAUGGAAAGAUGAUGAAAAUGUAUUAUAUUGGUUAAUUUACGUGAACGCUAAGUUUUUAGGAGUUGCGCAUAGCUCUGUUUGGAAACUAAAAAGAGGAGAUAAAAUAAGAGUUGAUAUAUUUACGAGAUCAGGAAAGGUUAUAAAAGGGCAAGAUUUAUUUAUUUAA